UAAUCGUUUUCUCUUUUGUCUAAUCUCCACACUCUUUUCAUAAACGCCCCAUUUAUUCGCAGUAGUUUCUAACUGAUUGUCCUGUUUAGUCGCGGAUAUGUACCACUCUCUUUUCCCAAAAUACGCCGUUUAGUCGCGAAAAGAGAAGCGCCAUCAAAUCAAUAAUUUUUUUUCUAUUUCUCCCUCUUUUUCUCUAUGUACUAUUUCUUUUUCUCUUCCUUAUUUCUAAAAGGUCCUCUAGAGUCUCGUUGAUUUUCUUAAUUAUUUUCCCAAAUCGGCGCGCGGCCAUAACGGCGCAAAGCCAUAAUUUGCUUCAAACUCACCAAAUCUUACCAAAUUUAGUAUUAAACGAUUCCUCUCAUCGAGCUAGAGAGGUUGGUAUCAAAAUUGAAAGGGCCGGAACUUUUCCAGCAAAUUAUGGCUUUGCGCCGUUAUGGCCGCGCGCCUACUUGGGCGUGUUCCUUUUUUUUUAAUAAACGCUCAUUUUUCAAAAUUUCAAUUUUUUUUUCUUCUAGGAAGGGAGGUGCUUUUUGCCUAAAAAAUGAGUAAUCUCAACUCGCUAAACUGGUUUUGGUCUGAACAAUUUUGGUUACCCGAGAAUGUUACUUGGUCAGAUUUACGUUCAAAAAAUGGAAUCCAAUACCCUCAAUUUCAUGAAUUUGGCUAUACUUUGCUUAUUGGGAUUUUAAUUACUUUGUUGAGAAUAUUGGUUGAAGCUUUUAUUUUUGUUCCUGUUGGCUAUCUUUCUGGUUGGAUGGAUAAUAAAAAGGGUACUCUUCUACAACGAAUCCACUCGCAUUUAUUUUUUGGUUUUGCCGGUCGUAGCAAAUUUAAACGGGUUUCUGAGACUGCAUGGCGUUUUACUUAUUAUUCUUGUAUUUGUAUUGCUGGUUUUUACAUUCUUCGUGAUCAACCACAAUUUACUUUUAUUGCUGAAAGCUUUAGGAAUUGGCCUAAUCAUCAUUUGCCAACCCCCGUCUGGUGGUAUUAUGUCAUUCAAACUGGAUUUUAUUGGUCAUUAAUAUUCAGCAUUUUGACUUUUGAUGUAAAAAGAUCAGAUCACAUUGAAAUGGCUUUGCACCAUAUGGCUACAAUUAUUUUAUUGGCUAUGAGUUUCACCGUAAAUUUUGUACGAUUUGGAUCCAUGAUUCUUCUGAUCCAUGACUGUGCGGAUAUUUUCUUAGAACUUGGAAAACUAUUUCGCUAUGCUGGUUGGGACAAAGCUGUAACCAUUGACUUUAGUGUUUUUAUGUUUGUUUGGAUAUCAACUCGACUUUUUUAUUUUCCAUUUGUAAUGCUUCGGUGUAUGAUUUUUGAUGGACCAACAUUAAUACAGGAAUCUUAUCGAUGGGGAAAUUUAUUACAACGACCAAUUAUUCCACGUGUUUUCCUCUUAAUUUUGUGCUUUCUGCUAAUUCUUCACUUCUUUUGGACUUAUAUUUUACUUAAAAUUGCAAUUAAAUCGGUGAAUAAUGGUGUUGAUGAUAUUCGUGAAGUUAGUGAUGGGGAAGAAGAAGGUGGUGGAGGAGAAGGAGAAGAUUCGAGUUUGUUGAAAACUAAAAAGGCUGAUUGAAAGAAUUUUUGGAAAAGGUUUAUUAUUUUUUUGAGGAAAGUUUUUUUAGGAGAUUGGAAUUUUUUGACUUUUUUAAUUUUUGUCCACAAAAAAUUUUUUUUCCAAAUUAUUUGAAGGGGUUGUGUCAUGAAUAUUUUUAGGGACAAAUUAAGUUGUUAUAUGGUUCUC